CAUGCUGGGGAUGGACACAUAGGAGAACAUGCCGGGGAUGGACACACAUAGGAUAACAUGCCGGGGAUGGACACUCAGGAGAACAUGCCGGGGAUGGACACAUAGGAGAACAUGCUGGGGAUGGACACAUAGGAGAACAUGCUUGGGAUGGACACAUAGGAGAACAUGCUUGGGAUGGACACAUAGGAGAACAUGCUUGGGAUGGACACAUAGGAGAACAUGCUUGGGAUGGAAACAUAGGAGAACAUGCCGAGGAUGGACACAUAGGAGAACAUGCUGGGGAUGGACACAUAGGAGAACA